GCUGCCCCAGUUUGGAUACUUUGUUUUGGCUGCCUGAGCAAACUAACACAUAAACAUCAGCUGGGAGGAUCUUUUGUAUUCGUUAGCACCUCUCUGCUUGUCUUUGAGCAAAGUGAUGGACAAGAGGAAACAACAAGAAGAAGGUCAUAUGCAGUGUGUGUGUCUUUGCAGCAUUGUUUACUGAUUCUUCUAGGCUUGACUAUCCACCAGACAGGAAUCAUUUCCCUCUAUGACUGUGUUUUUAAGAAGAACCCAGGAUAUAAUCAGAAAUUGCACCGAGAUGACAGAGAGCAUGCAAAUAGCCUGGGACUCCAUGUGAACGAAGAGGAGCAGGAGAGGCCUGUCGGGGUGCUGAUGUCGUCUGUCUAUGGGAGGCACAUCAACCAGCCAGUGGAGCCUCUGAACAGGGACCACGUCCGUGUCAACCAUGUAAAGGCCGACUUCUACAGGAAGAAUGACAUCCCCAGCUUCAGGGACCCAGGCUUUGGGCACAUUUCUCCAGCCUGACGCCCUCCCUGUGGCCCGAAGCAGUCGCUGGCAAGUGAGGUUCACAGAGUGGCAAUACAGUGGCCUUAUUUCCCUUUCAUGGACUCUGUGAGCCUGCGGGUGCCUUUUCUUGUGCAUUGACAGUGGGAAGUAGCCCCCUUUCCUCGGGUUGCCUUGACGAAGCACCUGGCCAAACACCUAUAAUACUUAAGGUGGACAUCUGGUGUGACGGUUUCACGUGAAAUUAUUUCAGAUGAAAUGAUGCUGGAGACUGAUCCACUGGGAGCACCUGAAUAAAAUGAAAACUGUUCUCACUUGA